AUGAGUGACCGCCUAAAUGAACCUCCACCACAUUUGCAACAGGAUCAACUUCUUGAAGAGGUAACGAGUUCAUUGAGGGAAAACUCUGAAACACGUUUUUGCAGAGAAGUCAGUGGUUUCCGAUUCCAUCACAAUCCGAAUCUCUUCGCGAUGCCCAGCCACCACAUCCAAGCAACAAUCCGUACCUUUCUGCUCAAUGGCUGGCAGCUCGGCAGCAAGUAAGAUUCAGGCCUGGGCAUCCGGCACUCCAGGCCCAGUGGUCCUUUUGAUCUUGGCUCCGACCUAAGUUGACUUCUGCUCAAGUCUAAGAUCAAAAGGACCACUGGAGUCGGGUUCUGACAGUCACAACAUUACAGGGAACCAUGGACAGCGCACACAACAAUCCUUAUAUCCCUAUGCAGCAACAUGGUCCUUGGAGUUCUCCGCCGAGCUAUCAGCACUUGUUGGGGAACUUUAAAGUACCUGCCCAUUUGAACCCGUGGCAUGAGCAUCAGUAUAAGAAUCCAAAUCAGCUCCCCAACUCAUGGCUCAAAUAUGCUCAAGUAAGGCGGCUCAAUGCAGAUAUCUUAAUGAUUGUGGCAUCGAUUUUCAGAUAAAUCCCAUGAUCAAUGAUCCGUUCUUCAUGCCUCCAGGCUCGGCUUUCUCUAUUGUUCCUCUUGGAAAUCCUUAUUGUCGCCAAUCUGCAUCGAAUGAGAUAACUCCCAUCUUCAACAAUAUCCGUUAUGAGGAUGUGAGUUCUGAAGAAGACAAAACAAGACGAAUAGGUUCUCUCCUAGAUCGCUUCACACUUGGAAAUGAACAAAAACUGGCCUCUAAGUCCUAAAAUAUCUCCUUCUUUUUCGAGUAGAGGACAAAACAUUGACUGCCCGCUGUCCACAGAAGAAGAGCGUUUGGCACGUGCACUGAAUCAGUUGCGAAACGGACGGAAUGAGCGAUUUGCCUCGGUUAGUAAUCGAGAUCCCAUUCAGUCAAACAGUUUACUUAUAUUCAGAUACCUGAUGCUCAGUUUUCAUAUGCUUCUGGAGAUGGGACUUCUGGCCUCAUCGGCGGAACUUCUGAUAAUCAGGUAAGCAAUCGCGCUCUUCCGCUCUCCGCAUGAAUUCAGUGCUAAAUUGGAGCGAAAUUGUCAGAAUUUCGAAAAGAAUUGCCAAUAGAACCUCGAAUGUUUUUGAAUUACAGGUUCGACGUAGAAGAAGACGUCGUCGUCAUGAUAAUAAAUCGGAUGAAGAAGAGGAUACUCCUGUAAAACGCAAAAUGGUUGAGUUGGUUUUUGAGCAAACCUAUUUCGAAUUAAAACUAUUUUCAGCCGAUCAGACAUUCACGUAUAAGCGAAGCCAUGAAAGAGUCGUGGGCCAGAAGAAAAGCGGUUGCGAAUGGAGCACUGGAAAGGAAAGAGCGCGAGAAGGAGGAGGAGGAGGAGGAAGAGGAUAACUUCCAUUUUUGAAAUUCCCAUUUAACCAGCAUGCUUAUACUGUACUAACCUUUCACUAUACCUACCUCCUAACAACUUCUAUCUCAUGAACAUUUAACCCUUCUGUCAUGUAGUCUUCUCAUUUUGACUCUUCUUGCCCUUUACAGCACACUCUUAAUGCCACACAGAAGCGAAUGGAAUGCCGAGCAGGAAGACACCCAGAAGAUGAGUUUUCCAUCGCUCCUUGCCCUUAGCAAUACUGUUUUUUUAAGAUACUCCGAACAUCUUCAUCGUCGUGGCUGGACACAAUUUCCUUUCCAUUUCAUUUCUUUUACCUUUUCCCUCCAGAUUUGACGCCUCCAGAAAUUCAUUGAAGCUGUUUACCCGCUCAUUUUCUUCCUCAUUCAAUUGCUCUAUCCCGUCGAAUUAUCCUCCUCUUAUGUCGCAUAACAUGUCCAGAAAUAUCGUUCAUUUCAGACUUGGGCAAUCUUCGAAACAAUGAAUCAGGGGCAGUAUUGCUUCAACCUUUACGUGAGUGGUUCUCAGCAUUUAAUCAUUUAAUCAGGUCGAAUUGGUUACAGAACGGUUUGGAGGCUCAACCCAGUUACUAUUCCGGAAUGUGCGGCCUUCCGACCAUGAGUGAUCCGCCUCCUCAGACGCUGCCGGGCAUGAGCUCUGUGGUUCUCAAGGACUCCGGAGGAAGCACCCCGAUGGUGACAAGCCCGGAGACCGAGAACCAGAAACUGCAGGCCCAGCUCAAAGAGACGAACGAUAAGUUGGAUAGGGCGAUGACUCUCGUUAAGGCAGCCGGAAUAAUGGGCGACACGGAGCAAAUGAAAGCGGAAAUGAAAAACAAAGAUAAAAUCAUCGACAAUCUUCAAAAGCGCAACGAAGAGAUCACGCAGGAGAAUAUCGAGAUGAAGAAGAAGCUCGAGGCGUCGGCGGAUGUGAACAAAGUGAUGAUGAUGCUCUUGAAUCUUGAGAAAUCGUGUUGACUUUUAAAUUUCAGAUCGGCGACGGAAUACUGAGCGAGAUGAAGGCGGAAGACAUCAGAAAACUUGAGGACGAGAGAAACGAUUUCAAAGCCAAGUACAUCAAGGCAGAGACGAGCCAUCGGCACCUGCAGAACAAGUUCGACAAUGUGGAGCAGUCCGCCGAGAAGUCUCGUAUAGUUCACUUGGCUGAAAAGAUGAGUCUGGGACAGAAGCUGCAGAACGCGUGCGAAAAACUGGCAAAGUUCGCCGAACUUUCCGGUGCUGAGCCACACGCAUUCGUCGAAGCGGUCAGUUGAACUAGCGGAUGAGCAUAAGAUCAAUUGAACGUUAGAUUUCAGGUUCUAUCCGGAUCGAACAACGCGCAGACACCGUACAAGUUCAGUUUUUCCGAGGUCGCCGGCAUGGAAGUCGUUCCCUGCACUCCAGCUCGCAGAGGAAGAGGAAGGGCACGAGGAGUCCGACAGACGUAUCGUCCGCGGAAGAUCGAGCAGAGCAGCGGUGCGGCGGGGGAUGGACUCAACGGAGACGAGGAAGAGUCGACGUCGAAGAAACGGAGACGCAUUACUGCCAAUCGGAGCAUUGUUGACCAAUCGACUCUCCUCGAUGAGGUAAAUCAGUUUGAGUGAAAGAUUUUAAAGCGUCGUUCACAGAAUCGUCUCUCGUCGUCUUCUCGUCGAAACCCAUCGAGAGAAGCGGUAUGUUUCACGCCUGCCCUCGGUCAGCGACAGAUCUAUUUUCAGAAAGGCCAUCAGAAGUACAUGGCAGAGGACAAUCAUGUGUCGCCCGAGUGCAGAACUCCGAGAAGAAGAGGACCGGCGAAGAGAAGCGAAGCUGAUGCUCCUGCCGAGAUGGAAGCCGAGAGACCGGAGAAUCAGGAACAAGGACAGGAGUUUCAGCAAUACCUCGGACAACAGCCUCAAUUCCUUGUGGAUCCGCUUCUGUUGAACCAGGACAUGUUCAAUGACCAGCCAAUCGAUAUGUAA